AUGACUUAUGCUUAUCUGACAUCCAAAUCAGUAUCAGUAAGAGAAACCUCAAGCACUAGGUUAGCCAAAAAACAGCACGGUAAGCUUUCAAGCUCUUCAAAAAUUAGCGACAAAAAGCCAAGACGAGGUAUAGGUGGGUUCUUCAAGAAGAUAUCUCUUGAACUAAACUUGAUCUUUUUGAGAGUCAAAUCCUUUUCGGAGGAAAUAUUUGAACCAGACGAAACGGGAGACCUAUUUAUUGAUGAAAAUUCGGGAGACCAUUUCGAUCAGUUGUUAAGAACCCACCAAGGACAUAAUCUGACUGAAGAGAAAUUUCUAGAGCAGUAUCUGAAGUAUAAAAGUUUAGACAAAAUGUCUGAAGCAGCACAAGAGUCCAACAUCAGCGAGCAAUUUGGAAGCGAAAACUCGACCCAGACAGGCAGAUGCAAGUUGGAAGAUUUAAUACGACUAGUUGAUGCAGAUAAUGAGGAUGAUGAUGAUGAUGACGAUGUAGAAAGUAUGAUGGACGACAAUAUAUCUUACGCUGAUUUUGAUGUACGCAAAGUAAGAGAAGCGCUUGAAAAUAAAGAGGCUAAUGAUAGCUCUGCCAAAUCGACGGUGACCUUACAGACAAGCCAAACGAACCAAGGAGAUGUCGGAGAAAAAUUAUGGGAGAUUAGGAGAAGACUAUGGGUCAGUCCUAAAAAUUCUGAGAGGGACAUCAAACAAAGAAUUAAUAAUCUGGCAGUUACAAAUCUUUCAAGUGAAUUGUACAUUAAAGUCUACAGCAACUUAAUCGACAAAGGAAAGCGUCUCAAGGACGAUAAAAGAAUUAAUUUAGCAGACUUAAUUAAAGUAAUCAACUGUGGGUGGAUAGCUGAAGAAAAAUGGGAGAGAGCAGCUAAGGGAUUAGCAUAA